AUUAAGUUCAUCAGUCUAGCUUUCCCGAAACGUCUUCCAUAUAACAAAAUAAGACGUGGACUCUUAAUAUUUAAGCAUCAUCUCUUCACAUUUUUCAUGCCUUCCUACUUUUCUAAACUCAGUAGCUAAAAGAGUUAUCAAGUCUGGUAUACUGUAUGUUGACUGUAUUUUUUGUUACCUUUCCUUGAUAAUAUAUUUCAUUACCUCACUAUUGUUUUCACAGACCACUUCCGAAAUCGGUUUUUAGAAGUUAUCACGUACAUGGCAUAUUCUGACGAAAACCAAAGUACGUAUCUGAAAGAUGUUUUCAAAUUUUACAAACACUUGGACUGUUCACUUAAUGUUCGCGAACAAAUACAGAGAUAUACUGACUCAGUCCUUAAGGAAACAGUGUUUACUAAAUUGUCGAAUUCGCAUCCAGUUUGUACAGUGCAAACUUUGCCAACUGAAGAUUUUAUCAUAAUAAAAAAUUUCUUCAGUCCAACUGCAAUUGAAGGUCUAUGGCUUGAUGCCUUAACAGAAUGGUGUCACUUGCCGACGGCUCAAUGUAAUUUGAACACAAAUAUAUCACCUAGUAAUCGUAUGUUGUCCAGUUUCACGAAUUGACCUGUGUGAUAGGGAUUUCUUGUACUGAUCCAUGGUAUUCUAAACUCCGUUGGGUAACUUUAGGUUAUCACUAUCAG